AUGGCUUCAAUCGUGCGGCAAUUCAUGUGCUUUGUUUUACUUUUAUUUCUUCAUAAUUCUUAUGGCGAUGAUCCUCAGCCGCAACAGAUCCAUCUUGCAAGUACAGGUAAGGUGAUCAAAUAAGAAAGUCGACUGUUUUUAACGACUCUGUUCAUGACAAGUACAUGAUGCCUGCCGCCGGCCAGUAAUUUGGUUUCUCAAUGCAUACUAACUAGGAACCUCACAUUCUUUUUUCUGCUUAUUGACCUUAUUCAGGUUAGAAAACAAAAAAGUGAAAAGCUGCCUUUAAUCGUUUUAUCUUUCAUGUUACUCAAAAGUAUGUGACUCAAAACAUUACAUAACGCGUAUAAAAAUUUCAUAUAAGAGUUGGGUAUUGAGUGCCCAGUCUUUCAGUUUCUUGAAAUGCUUAGUUUGUUUCUGUCCAGUUCAUGAAUAUUUAAGGUUGUAUUAAGACGUAGAUUUCGAAUUAGGUCCUUAAAAGAAUGUACAAGGAAAACACUUAUGCAUAACGGUGUGGAUAAUUUCUACCCCAGCCGGGGACCACGGGCUGAGGUCAACUGUGAGGUGGGAAGUUUGGGCAGAAGACAUAGUUUUUAGUCAAUCAAAAUGCCACUCAGUUGGGCCGAUUUGUAUCUUUUAUGGGACUCAAAACUAUGUGACUCAAACCAUUACAUAACAUGUAUAAAAAUUUCAUAUGAGAGCUGGGUAUUGAGUGCCUAGUCUUUCAGUUUCUUUAAAUGCUUAGUUUGUUUCUGUCCAGUUCAUAAAUAUUUAAGGUUGUAUUUAAGACGUAGAUUUCGAAUUAGUUUCUUAAAAGAGUGUACAAGGAAAACACUUAUGCAUAACAGUAUGGAUAAUUUUUACCCCAGCCGCGUAAUUACCCGAGAACUUUGUUUUGAGCAAAAGAAAAGGAUACCUGGAUGACAAUUUAACCCCUGUUUAGCACUAAUCGGCCUUUGAACAACUGGCCCAGAGUUUAAAACUGUCAGUUUUGACAAUAAUGCCAGUUUCAAGUUUUCUCUGACGGCUGAAUAAAAGAAGUGAAGACAUUUUUUCCCGGCUUAACCUCCAUCUGAAGUAAAUAUAUUCACCAAUUCCAGCAAGAAGAUAGCCUGUUCCAGGCAUUCAGAUAGUGCGGAGCGGUGCAAAGUAAAAGGGAGCGCAAAAAAGUAAAAGUGAGGGAGGAGGAGAGGUGAGAGAGGGAACGCCUGUUAGAUUUGUUUUAAAUAGACUCUUCCGCCCAGUCAGACCGCAUCAGCUGUAGGUGGUCUUCACUUGUCAAUCAAGACUGGUGUUACAGCCCGAUUCAUUUAUUAUUUUUCUUGCAAAUAAAUCGAAGUUUGUCAGAUCAAAAAUUAAUAUUAUGUAUACAUAAUCUUACUAAAAACCCAAUGUAAGACUUUCAGACAAUAGAAGGCGGGAGAAGUAUUCAUGUCUAAUGAAUUUAUUUACGGCUUUAAAAACAUGAUUUCAGCGUGUACGUGACAAAAAAUUAUGAAUCAAGUGACAAACAAAUAUCGCUCAUUUCGACAGAAAGCCGUUUCAAUACAGAUCGUUAACUCAAGCAAUGAAAAUGCACAACAAUUGAAGGGAAAAUUUACUAUUCGGUGAUUGAGUGGACCUCGUCAAUAGCGAUAGCGGCAACUUGCUUUCCAAGCUUUUCUUUUUGAAGUCCUUUUGUCCAUUCAUUAGACAACCACGAUUUGGCACUUCAGUAAACAUUAUUUCACAGCUUCCACUUUUAACGGCUUCAUCCAUAUCUUCUCCCAUCAUUGCCGCCGCUACUCCGAUCUGACUUGUUCAAAUAUUCCACUUAGUCCAUGAUGGUAAUCAACGGAGUUACCACAACAAUCGUAAAUGGCAUUCUAUCCUGCCUUCAUUCCAACGCACGCUUUAUUCGAGGAAAAAACUGGAAAAUAAGAAUUUUUCCAAAGCCAGUCGGUGAGAAAUUGCUAAGACAUCUAUCCUACCGACUAUGUGUUUUAAACAGUUUCUUUGCUUUUCGCUUUUAGCCUCCACGUUUGGAAAGUCACUCAGCGCUGUGUUUGUUGCGAGUUUGAAUUCUGCGUGACGGCACGUAGAGUCUGUCAUAACGGCCAUAUCGCAUUUCUCGCUGUGAUCGAAGACGCUCCACUGUUGACAAAAACUGUCAAAAUCAACCAAUCAGAGGGUAUACCAGGAUCUGGUAUACCGGAACGCACUUUUGUUAAGAAUUCUUACAAGCGUUCCCGCACCUCUCUCCCCAGUCCCCCUCUACUUUUCAUCGCUUUCUCUACUCCACACCGCUCUCCACUAUCUGAACGCUUGGAACAGGCUAGCAAGAAGAAGACCAGCUUAGUACUCUGUCUAUUGUGUAUUUUUCAAAGUUCAAACAUGUGCUGGAAUUCGUGAAUAUUUAACUUAAUGUCAAGUCUACCCUGUAUGAUUUUGUUAUUAAUGUUUGUAUUCAGUGAUAAUUUGAAACUGGACUAUACACAAUUCACUUGACAAUGAUGAUGUCUAGCAACAGGUUGCUGAAACGUCAACUCUUAUUCAGACUACAUACUCCCAGAUGAUCUUAUUCUGCCUGUUGAUGGCACAUGAUUACAUAGUUGGCUCUUGCUGGCUAUACAUUCUUUGCAUGACGUGAUACAUGCUUGUACGACGUUCAUUAACUCUUCUUGUCACUAUUACUUUAGGAGACCCCACAGAGAUGAUGGUAACAUGGGUCACGUUAACGUUGACAAACUAUUCUAUCGCGGAGUACAAUAAAGGUGGUUUUCCCUUAACACUGCGUGCUACAGGUGCCGUCACGAAGUUCACAGAUGGUGGCUCACAGCAUCGCGCCUUGUACAUGCACCGGGUGAAACUGACAGGACUGGCCUAUGACCAGGUUUAUGGUGGGUACCGGAAUACCUAAAUUUAUUUAAACUCUUCUUAACUUGUUGAGGCCCUGAAUAAAGACCAAGCCAAGAAAAGGGACAGGAGAGAUCCAAUGUUUUAUUGGCAGGUUGAAGGGAGCAUCCAGGAAGGGUUGCUCGGAAUUGUAGGAAUUUGGUUAAGAGGGGGAUCCCUUGCUCUCCCUCCCCUCACCAAGUCAUUUCUAAAUUCCAAUCAGGUCAGGAAUAUGGUAGACAAAGAACUCGCUUUGUGAAUGUGCUCGCUACUAAAAUCAUAUGUACAUUUUAAGUCUUAAUUUAUUUUUUCAUUGUUCACACUUUUAUUAACUUAUUUACUGUAAUUUUUAUAUGUAGAUUACCAUUGUGGUGGAUGGGAUGGCUGGAGUGCAGUGUUUUCAUUCAAAACCUUUAAGUCUGGUGUGGAUUGGAGCCCUAGAUUGGCCGUGUUUGGAGAUCUGGGCAGUGUUAACGCUAAAUCAUUAAGCUACUUACAAGAGGAAACUCAGAUGGGACACUUUGAUGGCAUUCUUCAUGUUGGUGAGUUUAAUUUCUAUUUAGUUUAUUUCAUAGUUCUUUUUUUAGAUGCAGUCUUCUUUGACUGUCUUUGUCCCAUUAUCGCCACAGUGAACGGUAUACUUUAUAAUAAUUACUAAGAGAUCAGAGUUUAGUUGGGGAAAGGAAAUUAGGUUAAGUUUUAAAUAAUCAAGAAAUAAUGAGUUCUAUUUGUUUCCUUUUCAGGUGACUUUGCCUACAACAUGGACACUGUGAGUACCAUAAUGAUGUACUAAAAUAAUACAGACUGUCCGACCGUUCAAAUUUCUUCAGGAUUCUCCUGAUUUUGCUUGAAAAUCCUGAAUCCUGAGCAAUAUGUGAUCAGGAUAGCAAAAAUCCUGAUUUUGACAUCUUUUCUGAUAUUUUCAAAUGAAAUCUGAUGAUAUUCGUUAUGAACUCCUAACAGAGUAUACUUAAAUUGAUGUCCAGAACACUUUAAAAAAACCACACUAAAUAAAAAUUAAAAUCAAGUAUUUGUUCACAUAAACAAGCAAAUAAAAAUAAACAAAAAAAUUGCAUCUGAUUUGUGCAAUUUAGCAAACAUUUAAGACAGAAUUUUCCCCUCAGAACACUGGAAAUGGCUUUUCAGACCAUCAAGAUACCAAUAAACGCUCAUGUGAUUCCUCAGUGAUUAAAACUUAUCCCGAUUUUACAUACUCAAAAGGUUUGACAGUCUGCCAAGAAUUUUGAUUUUCGAUUACUUCUAUUUCCUCACAUAGACAAUAUUAGUUAAUACAGCCAAUAUCCACCACAAUUUUAGCUGUGAUUUUUUUAUUUACCAGUACUAAUCUUCUAAUGUUGCGUGAAUUCCUGGUGUUUAGAGAAUUUUUUUGUUGUUUUCUUUAAUUCAGGAUCAGGCACAAGUUGGAGAUGAUUUUAUGAACCAAAUUCAACCAAUUGCAGCAUACUUGCCUUACAUGACUUGUCCUGGAAAUCACGAACAGGCUUAGUAAGACGGAGAUUUUGUUUCCUGAAAAUUGAAUCAGAAAUCUGAUACUAACCAUGACAUUAUUACAUUAAGAAACUGAUGUAAUAGUACUUGUAAUCAUCAGAUGAAGUUAAGGUCUCUCUCUGUAAAUAUAUAAAAUCAUGUUAUUGAUCAAAUCAAGGAAAGGACUCAACUUCCUUGUUUUUAGACCAAGGGCAGGCUGAAUGACGAUAUUUAGUUUAGUCUGAAUUUAUUUCAAGAGUGCACACCCUCUCCGUGCUCUUCCAAUCUUACAGUGUAAUUUAAUAUGUUCUUGCCACUGAAAAGGAAUGAGGCCAUUUUCUAGCCAUUGAUAGAACAUGUUUGGUUAGCUCAUUGACUGAACCAACAACUUACUUAACUUGUAUGUUUUUUUUUGUUUCUUUUUCUGCUAGUAACUUUUCAAACUACAGAAGCAGAUUUUCAAUGCCAGGAAAUAGUGAAAGUAUCUUCUACAGGUAAAAUGUUCAUUAAUGCAUUAAUUUUUAUUUACCUACUCUGUAGUCAACGAACAAGCUGCCACACUUUUAACAGUGCCAAUGUUUGAAAAUUAAGAUUGAUUUUCUCAAAUGAAUAAUCUUGGGCCUCAUCAACGUGCUAUUAAGACAUAAUUUCUUUCUCUAAGCCAAGGAAAAACCCUAUAAUGAAUUUUUUGUGGUAUACAGUUUCAUUUACAGUCAUGUUUUAUUUGAGAAAUGUUCACCCAGCAUUUCGAAGUUUCAGUCCACUUUCUAGCAACGUCAUACCUACCUUUAUAGCAUUCUGUGAUCAGUGUAAAUUUUAAUUCCUAAUGAUAUUGAAUGAUCACUUUCCUUCAGUUGGAACAUUGGUCCUGCACACAUCAUCAGCAUUUCGACCGAAGUCUAUUUUUUCUUGAAUUAUGGACUUGAACAAGUUAGUCAACAGUAUGACUGGCUUGAAAAAGAUUUGCAGGUUUGAAAUGUUUGAUUGCACUACAGUCCCCUCUGCCUCCUCUCUCCUCAUGCUUCCUGUACAGGAUCUUUGCAUCUGAUCAAAGGAGGAUUAUUCAAGUAUGCCAUGAUGCAGCCGACAAAAACAUUGCUCUGUCAAUGUUAAAUUCUAGUUGAGAGAAGUGGAACGCUCUGAAAUUAUAAGGAUUUUUGGAACUCGUUUGCUUCUUCGUUUCCGUAGUUGUAGGUGAACGAAGCCUAUUUUUGGUUUUUAUCGACACCAAAGCGUAGUUCAGCAGUAUUUUUAACAAAUUAUCGAUCCUUGAAGCAAAUGAAUUACGCUUUUGUUUCAAGUGGUACACAUAACUAAUUUGCUUUGUCUCUUUGUUGUGGCUCAACCCUUUGACCUUUUUUUGGCCUUUGUAAUAUCGAAAUUGGAUACAUUAGCAUUUGCAUGCAAGUCCACUUAAGGUUGAUCUUUUAAAUGGACUUGAUCCACAUUGCAUCCUGAGAUACCUGAAUAAUCUCCCUUUCAGCUGAUCGUUCACUUGGUACAAAAAUGUCAUGUUGUAAAGGGGGAAGACAAACAAAGCUGAGCUUACCGGCAUGUCUUGUAAAGUGGUAGUUUUCUUUGUUUGUUUUCCCCCAGUGGGUUUCUUGGGUCACUUGCAUCCCCGAGCAUGGCAUUUUUGUACCUGAAUGACCAGCUACAAAUGGUCUAUCAGAUUACGCCUGUGAUAAGAUGCAGCAGAUUGUUGAAACAGAUCCUGUGGUGAAACAUAGGAAAAGCCAUAGAAAAAUUUUUACAUUCCUUUCACUUUCUAAUGUGUUUAUGAUCGUUUGGUAAACUCGUUGCAUUUAUCUUUUCAGUUGACUAAGAAUUGUAACAUCAUAAACAUGUAAAGCAGUUCUCGAGACAUUUUUGCAUGAAGGUUAAUAUUCUGUUAUACUAAAACAGGAAGCAUCAUCUCCCAAAAACCGCAAGUUACAUCCAUGGAUUAUAACUAUGGGGCACAGACCAAUGUACUGUUCCAACAGUGAUGGAGAUGACUGCACCAAACACGAGAGUGUGGUAAGUUGUAUAAACGAGUUUCUCUCAUCCACUUCUUGCUUAGUUUUGAAUCAGUGAAGAGAAGAAUCGGCUAAAUUGUCAGUACAAUAUCAAUGUUUCGUUUAAAAAAAUUAACAGAGACCCUACAACGGCAAAUUGAUACUGAGAAACCUUAAACUUCAUUUUGCUUUUGUAUCUUGUAUACCAGGUACGUGGUGGACUCACUUCUAAACAUCUGUUUCCCUUGGAAGACCUGUUUUACAAAUAUGGUAAGGUGAAGUUCAUAGUUAGGUGUCAGAGUAUACAGAUUUUUUUAAAAUUUAAUUUCUGAGAUGGCUGAUAUUAGAAUUUAGAGAGACUGGAAUUGGCAAAAGAACUGACAUAAUUUGCAGUAGAGGUCAGGAAACACUUAGUGAAGGACAAGACUGGGAAUAAUGGGAACAGGAAACCCAUUGUAUUUCUGCCCCUUCUCCCCUAUUUUGUCUCCCUUACUUUCCCUCAUUCAGAUUAAUGCAAUCAUACAAUAAUCACUUUUUACCUUGUCAGGGGUUGAUCUAUCUUUCUGGGCUCAUGAACACUCGUAUGAACGACUGUUCCCCAUCUACAAUCGGCAAGUAAGUUAUAAUUUUUUUGUAUUGAACAUAAUAUUACAGUCAAACCAAGUCAAGCGUACCCCCAAGAUUCUAUCAGUGAAUUGAUUAUUUGAAAAAUGAAUCCGUUAGUCGUUCCCGUAACUGGUGUCAAAUUCAAAGCGGCAUUUCUGCAUGCGUAAUGAGCAGUGAAUAUUUUACGAGAACUUCUCUGUAUUUGGUCAGAAUGGAAAUCUUUAAAUGGAUUAAGCUUCUUAGAAGACAUUUACAUCAAUUUCAGGAAAAUGGAGCUGGUAGAAAUUUCAUAACUGCCUCGCGUGUGAAUUCACGGCUCAUUACACAUACAAGAAUGCAGAGAUCAAUCUGAAAUCUACAACUAGCAACGGAUUCAACUUUUGAAUGAUAAAUUCAUUAAUGGAUUCUUGGGGGGUACGCUUGACCUGGUUUGACUUUAAAUCAAGGAUGAUAAUGCUUUUCUCCCGAAUUUGCUUCUUGUGCAAUCUACUGUCAAGGUUACUGCUGAGUACUGGUGUGUGUGGUCUACCAAUAUAUUUAGCCUCUGGGAAUCAAAUAUGAUGUCAGUGGAGCUCAGGCAUGUAAUGUGGGGCAGUAUCCAAUAGUGAAGCAUCGUUUCGGCAGUCAAAUGAUGGUGAUGAUGAUGACUACAGUAACAAUGACAAUGACGAUUGUCAUGAUAAUGAUGACAAUGACCAUGGCAAUGGUGAUGAUGUUAAUGAGGAUGGUGAUGAUGAUGAUGAUGAUGAUUAUCAUUGUGCCGAUGAUGAUGAUGUAUCAUGUAAAAAUUAAUGUUCUUUUUAAGACAGGCAAAAUUUGUCAUUUAAUGUCAGUUAAAUUGUGAAAUAUAACAGCCUUUCAAGGAAAUCAGUUACUCUCAUUUUGCUAAAUUGUUACUUUUGUCCACGUACAAUCUUUAUGAAUUAAAUGGUGUGAUUUUUACCGGUAUUGUGUUUUGUUGAAGGUUUGCAAUGGGUCAAAGGAAGAACCAUACACCAACCCCUGCGCCCCUGUUCAUAUCACCACUGGAUCAGCGGUAUGUUUAUAUAAGUAUAAGAGAACAUCGUGUUUCAAAAAAGGUUUUUUCAAUAACACUUCUAGAUAAUUGGCAUAUCAAUACUGCCAUUCUUUUUAAGGUAAUCUCAUAAAAUGUAAUAUUGUUUUAUUCACAAUGGUUUUCACUGGCAGAUCCCAGGGAGGGGCCUGCCCCCCCCCUCUCUUAUCUCAAGGUCUGGUUCUGGUACUGGUUUUCCAUUACAGUACAUGACAAUGACUAGUCUCUCAUUAUGACUGAUCUGACCCGAUUUGUUUUUUCAGGGAUGUCAAGAAGAUCAUGAUCCAUUUGAGAAGGACUACCCUCCAUGGACAGCAUAUCGAUCAGAAGAUUAUGGUUACACACGAAUGACCAUCUUCAAUGAGACGCACUUGUUCAUGGACCAAGUUAGUGUGGAUAAGGUAUGCAAGCUGGAUAUCAAACCUUUAUUUCUUGUAGCCUGUGAGAAAACUUUCUGCUACGCACUAGUGGCAUGCACAAGGAAACGCAAGUGAGAGGGGCAGGCUCCUUUCCUCUGCCUCUUGCGGACUGGUCCUGGCCCGCGCAUUCUCUCUCGGUUCACUUCUGUUGCCUCUAGAAAUGGAGAGGUUGUGAUCCACACAUUUUUAACCCUUUAAAACUCUCAAAUCAAAGUUCAGAUUCUCAUUUGUUGCCCCUUUCCAACUCCUUUAGCUGUAUAAGUAGUGGGGAGAAGUUGUUUGACUGAAUUUACUCCUGCUUUGUUGUAAAUUAGGAAGGAGAAGUGAUUGACAAAGUGUGGAUAAUAAAGGAGUCUCAUGGACCAGAAGCAUGGACUGCAAAACAAUGAACAAAUAACUCAUAUAAAUUUAAAAAGCGGAAGACAAAGGGGGAAUUGAGGCCCACAAGUGCAUAAUAGGCAUAUGAGCGAUGCCCAUCACGUUCUCGAUUUCUAACGUUCUCCUUCUUUCACUUCAGAUGUGCGCACAUCAUGUUCCUGCACACCUUAAUUGCCUCUUUCUCUUCCCCUUCAAAUGUUUUUAAAACACAGCGUAAAUAGGAGUUAAACAUUAUGAUUGCUGUAAUUGUAAUUAUUAUUUUAAUUUUUUUAAGCCUUUUUUUCUUCACUAACAAUAGUCAUAUUGGUCCUUUAAAAGCAUGGAGAUGAUUAUGUUGUUAGAUUGGUUUUUUAUUCACUUGACAAAAUCGUGUGCUGAGACUUUUCAAAUGAAAAACCUUUCAGUAGUGUUUUUGCGUAUUCCUUUUUCUUUUUGUAUUUUAUAAAAUGAAAUUUGUACUUUUUCAAGUUUUAUGUUGGCCAGGAAGUCAUCAACAACCGCACUUUGUAAAGAAAUAAUGGUUCAUAAUGUAUAUACAGUAGUCACUGGUAACUUUUGUGUGUGGCUGCAUAAUAAACAAAUUAAUAAUAUCAUUAUUACUAUAAUUAUCAGUAAUUUAUUCAGUUUUGUAAAUUCCUUUCAAAAAGAUUUUCAGGCAAUUAUAUAAAAUAAAUGAAUCACGAA